AUGGAGGCCGGUCUGUUGCCAAGCCUCGUAGGCUACUACAAGGCCGUCGCUCACACGGCUCAAGUUGGUCAUGCGUACGAAUGUGCACGCCUCGAAAAGACCAUUACAGAACUUCAACAACAGCUCGACACGCAAACAGCUUUGACCAAUGAAGAAGAAGAACGCGUGCAACACGCCCAGGCAGACCUCCAAACGGCGCAACAAAGUAUCUUGGCGCAGGAAAAGCGCGUUGUCGCAUUACAACACGAAAUUGACGCGCUACGACAAGCGCAUGAAGCAACGCAGGGUCAAGACCAGCAAGCCGUCAAGCAAGCUCGCGCAACGGCCGAUUCCUUCAAGCGAGAAAUCAAAGCACUCAAGGAAGAUCUUAAGCUGCGAGACGAGGAAGUUCGUGAUUUACGACAGGAUGCUGCAGAUCGCGCUGUGGAGGAGAAGGAAGCGCGUGAUUUGGCACGAGAGCGUGAUCGAUCUUCGCGUGAACACCGAGAGCAAGUGCGUGCCAAGGAUAUUGAAAUCCGGAAGCUGGGACAUAUACUUGAGCAAACUUCUGCACGUGUUGCAGGAUUGGAGGCUGAUGUGGGAGAAUCGAGGGAGGCGCUCAAGUUGACGACCAUGUUGCUGAGAGAAGCUGAAGCGCGACUGAGAGAGCAAGCACUGCAAGGUGUUGCUGGACGACGGUCAUCACAGGUGACUGCAGCGUUGGCUGCUGCGGCCGCCACUCAACAGACGCUCGCCCAACCAGCAGUCAAGCAGAAAGCUCCAGCUGCUUCUAUCGCCGUUCCAAAGGCCGUCAAAAAGCCUGUCAUUGCAGACGCAGAAUCGGAGGAAGAGCAAGAACCCGAGCAAGCUCCGUCAGAGACAAGUACACCGGCGGUGCAACGACCUCGAAAACGUGCUGCUGCGCCAACAACACUGCAAGAACCACCCACGACAGACUACGAUGCAGUGCCUGUUGCAAUAGCCGCACAGAAGCAAAAGCAACUUGCAGCAAGGCGAGCAUUGGCGGCAGACAAGGAAAAUUAUGAGCCACGCGCUCGUAAGUCUGCUGUAGCCGCCGCGGGGGCCAAACGUAAAGGGAAGGUCAUGAUGAGUGUCGAGGAAUUUGUCGCAUCACCACCGAGGUCAUCUUCUGGGGAAGACUCUCCUGCUAUCAAGGAAACCGCAAAGGUUGUCAAGAAACGAGGCGGAGCGAAAGCAAUGACAUCUGCUGCGCUGGCGAAAGCGGCUGCUGCUGGUAAGACCAAGAAGAGCGAUUUCUCAAUGACGCCGUUUGUGGACAAGACGCGCAAGCUCUCGGUCAUACCGUUGAGUCCACCCACCAGUCGAGACCAGCAAAUCAGAUUACGCGAUGAGGAAGAUGCUGGUGCUCAGGGCGGCAAGAUGAAGAAGAAGCGCAAGUUGCUCGGUGCUGGGCAGCGGACACUUAUGGACGAUACGCCAAAGAAGACAAUUGUUGGUGGUAAGAAGGUAUUUGACUUUGGCAAGGACUUGAGUCCGCUCAAACGGCCAAAGAGUUCUGGACUUGUACUCAAGUAG